CCAGUAUCAGGUUUUGUUUGUCAUUUAUUUACCAUCAUUUUGUUAGGCAUUACGUUGUUUUGAUUUUUGAUUAAUUUUGGCUAUUAUUUAUUGUUUUUCAACAAUUAUUUGUUAAUUUUACUUUUCACUGUUUCUUUGGCCUCACUUUGAUAUUGAAACAGGAUUUAGAUUGACUAUACUACUUGGAUUUACUCACCUAAUUUUUGGUGAUUGAGAUCAAGUUGAUGAUGACCCAUUCAUCUGAUUCAGGAACGGUUGCCAAUGUUCCUGCAUUUCUUACUAAAUUGUGGAAAUUAGUUGAAGACCCUAAUUACGAUCACUUGAUACACUGGUCUCAAAAUGGAAAAAGCUUCAUUAUCAGUAAUCAAGGACAAUUUGCAAAGGAGUUACUUCCUUUGUACUUUAAACACAACAACAUGGCUAGUUUUAUAAGACAGUUAAAUAUGUAUGGAUUUCGUAAAUUGACCAACAUUGAGAAUAGCGGUCUUCGAUCUGAAAGAGAUGACAUUGAAUUCUACCAUGUUCAUUUUGUGAAAGACCAAGAAAGCUCAUUGGAGCUGAUAAAAAGAAAAAUUAAGACACCUCUCCAAGUAUCAGCAGCCAAGAGUAUCGAUGAAAAUGAAGUACGCCACGAUGAUGUGGGCUCCAUUUUGGUGGAUGUUAAAGCUAUCAAAGGCAAACAAGAUACUGUUGACAAUAUUUUAGUGAACAUGCAGAAAGAGAAUGAAGCCUUGUGGAGAGAAAUAGCCAUUCUCAGGCGCAAAUACCAAAAGCAACAGCAUAUUGUUGAAAAGCUACUCCAAUUUUUGCUUUCAUUGGUUCAACAACGAGGUAUUGGAGUUAAGCGUAAAUCACCUUUAAUGAUUGGCCUGAAUGAAACUAGUGACGCUAAUGGAGAGUUCAGUAAGUCAAAGCGACUAGCUAAAGAUGAUCAAAUGGAUACAUUAAACUCUUCCCUGGGUCCACUUAUUUUCGAUGUGUCUGAUGACAUGAUUGAAGAAGAAUUAGAAGCAACGGCUAAUAAUUGCCCUAUUAUCGCCACAGCUGAGCUGAGCCCGUUGUGUGUUAAGUCUGAUAGUCCAGUUGAUAAUAUUUUAAACUCUGAUCAAAUAGUCGACUCCAAUGACGCGGUUGAAGCUCUGCUCAAUCCAAUUCAGUCUGUCAUCGACUCUUCCAUCAUGGCACCUGACAUUGAUGAAACUGUACAACUAAAUGGAAACUCAAACUUAAUUGAUGAUUCUGUUACUUCAAUUGAUGAUAAAGCAGUGGAAGCUCUUUUUAAUCCCGCAAUACAAUCUGUAAUAGACUCAUCUUUAGCUUCAAAUAGAGGAGCUACUCUAGGAUACGAUGGGACAAACAAAUCAGCCUCGCCGAUUCCAUCAACAUCCACUUCAGCCUCUUGUACCUCAACCACUCCCUCUAACACAAUCAUUGACCAUCCUAUUAUGUCUCUAGAUUCAACUGAUGAUAAUGUUGUAGCAUUACUGGAUCCACUUCAAUCUGCCAUUGAAUCGUCUAUCAUGCAACCAACAUCAGAUUUAACGUCAACAAGUAAUAUUUUUAAAAAUGAAUUAACACAAAGUAACGCAGACAUGAUUGAACAAUCGAUGGCUUCCAUGGGAAAUGAUGAUGGGAAUGUUGAUGCGCUCUUAGGGUCAUUACAAUCUCUCCCUCUCACUAUCUUCGAUUUAGACUCAAUCUCGAAUAAUUUCGUAUAAAAAAGCACAUAAAAACUCUAAUCGAUAAUUGGAAAGAACAACAACAAGCUGAAGCGCAAAAAUCAACAAACAAGCAAGGUGAAAAAUGAAAACGAUUGCUGACAAAUCGGUUUAAUACCUAAUGAUAACUUUCUUUCUCUUUCUCUCUCAAAUAUAUAUAUAAUAAGUUACCCAACUGUAUACAUAAAAUAUUAAUAACUUGGUUUUGAUUAUAUAUCACCUCUGAA